UUUUCGAUCCAAGCUCCAUAAGGUCGGGGUUAGUGCGGACUUACUACUUAAUCCGACCCACUGACAUCCAGAAACCAGAACCCCCCGGCCCCGGGCCCCGGUAAAUUUUGCUUGGAAGACAAUUUCGAUCGUAGACAGCCUCUCUUCAAAAGGUCGGUCAGUCCAUUCGUCCUUUGCAGACGAUUAAGGACCUUCAGUCACGAGUCACCCUCUACCUGCCUUGAAGAAAACCUAAUGAUCGUUUUCUUUCUCAUCAAAUUGAGAUCUCUGCGUGGCUUUCCAAGACCUCUGUCCAAGUGCAAUCCAUUUGUUUCUUGUCUCCACACUCGCUUGGUCGUACCACAUAAAGAAAAACCCAGUUGGAACACAAACCAUAUAUUUGUUCUAACAAAUCCCCUACUCUCUCUCUUAGAAAGAUGCAAAUCCAUGAACCAGUUGAAGCAAAUUCAAGCUCAGAUGAUCUUAACCGGGUUAAUUUCAGACCGACUCGCCUUGAGUCGUUUGAUCGCUUUCUGUGCGAUCUCGGAAUCGGGUAGCCUUGAUUACUGUAAUAUGAUCCUUGCUAAUACCGAAAACCCAAAUGUCUUUUCAUGGAAUAUAGCCAUAAGAGGGCAUUCCGAAAGUGACAACCCCAAGGAGGCGUUUCUGCUGUAUAUGCAGAUGUUAAGGAACGGUGGGUCAUGCCCGGAUAAUUAUACUUAUCCCUUCUUGUUCAAAGCUUGCGCUCGGUUGUCAUUGAUCGGUAUUGGUUGUGCGAUUUUUGGGCAUGUCAUGCAUUUAGGUUUUGAUUCUGAUAUUUUUGUACACAAUGCAGCUAUCCAUAUGCUAGUUUCGUGCGGAGACUUGGAAGGUGCACGGCGAUUGUUCGAUAGAAGUCGCAUAAGAGAUUUGGUUUCUUGGAAUUCUAUCAUUAAUGGUUAUGUUCGGAGGGGGAUGCCUGGCCAGGCUUUAGAACUUUUUCGAGAAAUGAAGGUGGGCAAAAUUGAGCCUGAUGAGGUGACAAUGAUUGGGAUGGUUUCGUCCUGUGCCCAGAUGGAAGAUUUGAAUCUGGGAAGAGAAUUUCAUCGUUAUAUCGAGGAAAGAGGAUUAAAAAUGACAAUUCCACUUAGUAAUGCGCUCAUGGACAUGUAUGUGAAAUGUGGGAGUCUUGAGUCGGCAGAAUUGUUAUUUAACAGCAUGACACAUAGAACCAUGGUGUCAUGGACUACCAUGGUUGUUGGGUAUGUGAAGUUUGGACACUUAGAUGCUGCUCGGAAGCUUUUUGAUGAGAUGCCUGAGAAGGAUGUUGUGCCAUGGAAUGCCAUGAUUUCUGGCUAUGUACAGUGCAAUCGCCGUAAGGAGGCUUUGGCUUUAUUUCAUGAAAUGCAGGCAAUGAACAUAAAGCCCGAUGAAGUGACCAUGGUUAGCUUGUUGUCCGCCUGCUCACAACUUGGAGCUCUUGACGUAGGGGUGUGGAUUCAUCAUUAUAUUGAAAAGCACAGCAUUUGGAUAAAUGUUGCUUUAGGCACAGCACUAGUUGAUAUGUAUGCGAAGUGUGGGAACAUCACAAAGGCCCUCCAGCUGUUCCAAGAGAUCCCUGGGAGGAAUGCAUUGACUUGGACAGCAAUUAUAGGUGCUCUGGCCCUACACGGGCAUGCACAGGAUGCCAUUUCCUACUUCUUGGAGAUGAUUGAUACUGGUUUGGUUCCAGAUGAAGUUACCUUUCUAGGGGUGUUAUCUGCCUGUUGCCAUGCAGGGUUAGUUGAUGAGGGUCGUCGAUUUUUCACUGAAAUGAAAUCAAAAUUCAAAAUUUCACCAAAACUUAAACACUAUUCAUGCAUGGUGGACCUCCUAGGAAGGGCUGGCUUCUUGCAUGAGGCAGAAGAGCUAAUCGACAGUAUGCCAAUGGAGCCAGAUGCUGUAGUCUGGGGGGCCCUGUUCUUUGCUUGUAGAACUCAUGGUAAUGUUGCAAUGGGAGAAUGGGCAGCAUCAAAACUUCUUGAGUUGGAUCCUCAUGAUAGUGGCAUUUAUGUGUUGCUUGCCAGCAUGUAUGUGGAGGCAAACAUGUGGGAGAAAGCAGGAAAGGUGAGAGUGAUGAUGAGGGAGAGAGGGGUCGAGAAAACUCCUGGUUGUAGUUCGAUUGAGGUGAAUGGCAUUGUUUACGAAUUCAUUGUUAGAGACAGAUCACAUCCACAGACCCAGGAAAUUUAUGAAUGUUUGAUACAAUUGGCAAGGCAAUUAGAGAUUGAUGACUAUGUUUCUGGUGUUCCUCAAAUAAAUGUUUCUAUAGAUAGCUUGCUCUUUUGCUCUUCAUUGGUAACUGAUGCAGGAAUUGAUUCUCCAUACCCUGGGUCUUUUAUUAGAGACCUCUUAGGUAAAGAGAUGAACAGAGGGUCAAUGAUCAUAAUCACUUGAAUCUAUACGUGAUUUCAGAGGACUCCGGUUGGUUGGCGCUAGAUUGUGUUUUCUAGUCUAGUUCUCAAGGAGGUUGUGGGCAUGAGACCUAGCUCUAUAAAGGCCAUUACCCAAUGCUGGUCCCAGCUACCGGGGUCUUGGGAGAGGUAGACCGAAUACAGACCUAGUUACUGGCAUUUUUCCACACAAAGUGGCCGCUGUGAGACUCUAAUCCAUGUUCUUGUGCUUGUCAAAUUGAGAUUUUACCAUUACAUCAAGCAAUGGUCCCUAUGAGAUCUAGCUCUAACAUAUCAUGAAAUUGGGCUGACUAUGGAGAGGCAAGGUGCCAUCUGGUCUCCCUUUAGGUAGUUAUUGCAAUGGCGAAGCAUUCUACUCAAACAACUCCCAUCUUUGAAAGAUGAUGACAGUUAAGGAAAUUUGACCAUGAGAUGCUGUCGUUUCCCCCAGUGGAAAAGAAUGAGUCAUGACUGAGUUACCUGUUGUCUGAUGUGACCAAAUUAAUGACCGAUCAAAAUCUGAAAAAAUUUGGCCGUUGGGGGCCAACAGCCUUUCCUGUUGAGAGAGUUUCUGGGUUGGGCACGUUAACAUGAGAGUGGGCAAAUUAGUAAUUGCCCGUUAAUUUAUUUUGAGUAAAAACAAAAGCAUGCCUGUGAAUUGGUGAACUGCCAUGAACGUGAACAGCCAAAAUUAACCCAUCAUACUCACUUAUGUUUGAACCCAUUUUCUGAAUGUCACCUGUAAAAGGCUGGUAUAUCAUCUAAAACUUGGUAGAUCUGUUUUCACAAAAUUUCAAUGGACAAAACAUGUUGGGUGAUGCAUGACCGACAGGAGUGGAUUCUUCUGAAAAUUGACAGGAGGAGUAUUUGGGGUUUGGGGCCUGAUCUUUGAGGGGAAUGGCUCUGAUUUCUAAACUGCCACAUAGCCAUCCGUUUGACCUCAGUGGACCACAGGUUACUCAUCCAUGAGGACACUCUUAUCUUCCCAAAAGAAAGGAAAGGAACAAACAUGGCAAA